GGAUAGUCGUCGGGAUAGUUUGGAACGCUUGACGUCGUGGACGGCGUUUGGGUUUCUCGCACCGUCCACGAGGACGGGGCCUGCAGCGUUAUGUGAAAAAUGAACACUGGCGGUGGUGGCGUCCAACCGGCCGGAGUGGUGCACCGCGACCGCGGGCUGUUAUUUUGCUGUCCCGUCCGCCGAACCGGAAUCAUCGUCACCCGGUAAUUCUGCACCGACACACCACCGUUUGCCGUCGCGUCCGGCGUGAACGACCGGCGCGGAGUCGUCACCAUAACCAUCCGUUGGUCGACUGGUCGAUUGUGAUGAUCGUCGCGGACGGGCGAUGAUCCGUGACGGGUCCGCAGCGGGGCGGCGUCCGACGAUCGCGACGCCGCGAAGACUACGGCACACACGAACAACGAUCGCAGACACGUUAUACGGCGGUCGGAAAAAACGCAUAAUCACGGAAAAAGUAUGUGCAAAUAACAGAAAAAUGUAGUACGGUUAUACGCAGAGCAACGCGAAUCGUGAACUGUGCCGGAAAACUGUAUUUGCGACUGAUACGUUUUUUAAUUAUUCGAUGGCGAACGUUUGUUGACGGGUACUAUGAAAACCGUUUGGCCAACACAUAGAAAUGAAAAAUUAAAAAUACGCAACGAUGAAUAUAGAAAAAUGAACAUAAAAUGGCUUUCUAUGCUUUGGACUUUAACUGUUUUUCGAUUGACGUGGAGCGUGUUAUAUACGUGUUAUAGAUUCCAAAAGCUACAGAAAUAAACAAUAUUCAAGAAUCGAAGCAUUGCAAAAAAAGAAAUGCAUCAGUCGCUAGAAUACAACGCGAGAAAUGGCGAGUGGCGAUCGGUUGAUCCACAACGUGGGCAAACCAAUAACCUGAGCCAAUCGUCUUGGUAAACGACAGUGAUGAGUAACGACACAACAGUGGCAAUAUAAAAUACAGUUAUCAGAUAUUUAGCAAAAAAAGUAUAUAUAUAUAUUAAUACCUAAAUCGAGACUUGUAUUAACUUGACAUGGAGACCAUCACUGUUGCCGAAGAAGAACUGACAACUAUGAAGUACGUCAAUGCGACGCCCGAGUUUACAGACGUAGAGAUAAACUCGUUUUUUUUCUACGAAACCAUACAGUUCACAGUCUUGUGGAUAUUGUUCUUGUCGAUCGUGCUAGGCAACGGAGCCGUACUGGUAGCCCUGUCGUUCAAUAAAGCCCGCAAAAACCGAAUGAACUUUUUUAUCAUGCACCUGGCACUGGCUGACUUAUUGGUGGGACUGGUGAGCGUGAUGAUUGACAUGAUAUGGAGAACAACCGUCACUUGGUCAGCUGGUCCGAUUGCUUGCAAAGUCGUCAAGUACUUACAGGUGGUCGUCACGUAUUCGUCUACAUACGUACUGGUCGCACUCAGCAUCGAUAGAUACGACGCCAUCACGCACCCAAUGAACUUUUCCAGUAGCUGUAAGCAGAGAAAAAGAACAAAACAGAAUUUUUUUAAUAAAAAACUAUUUUAUUUUCACACAUUUUCAGGGCGUCGGGCCAGAGCAUUGAUCGGAUGCGCUUGGAUUUUGAGUUUCGUUUUCGCCGUGCCCAGUGUAUUUAUUAAUGAAGAGAAAAUAAUAGAAGGUCGUACUCAGUGUUGGAUCGAAAUGUCACCAUGGCAAUGGAAACUGUAUUUAAGUAUAGUGGCGACAACGGUGUUCGUCGUGCCGGCGAUAGUCAUCAGCGGAUGUUACGCUAUUAUCGUGUACACAAUUUGGUCCAAAAGCAAACUCCUGUCACCGGCCAAAAACAACACACUACAACGUGGAGCCAAAAAGCCCGAAGAACACGACAUCAGAAGGUCUAGUUCACGGGGCAUCAUACCGAAAGCGAAAAUCAAGACCGUAAAAAUGACGUUCGUUAUUGUAUUUGUAUUCAUCCUGUGCUGGAGUCCGUACAUAGUGUUUGACCUGCUACAAGUGUACGGCUACAUACCAAAAACGCAAUCGAGCGUGGCCCUCGCAACGUUCAUACAAAGUCUGGCGCCGCUGAAUUCCGCCGCUAACCCCAUCAUAUACUGCUUGUUCUCCACUCACAUUUGCAGAUCUCUCAGGCAAGUCCCGCCAUUCAGAUGGUUGUGGUGUUGCCGGAACGGAACACAAGAGCAACUGAGCUACACGGAAACACUAACAUCGUCUAAUCGACAGGUGAACACGUCUCUGCUGCGGAACGCCACCGUGCACGUGCACUCGGUGGUCAGGGCUCCCGUCUUGGACCGCAUGGGCAUAUCGACGGAGAAAAACAGCUACGCCGAUUCGCUGCUUUAAGACGGCCGGGACAGCACACUCCAUGCACCCCACGCCGUAUUACUAUAUUACUAUUAUUAUUAUUUUAAUAAUUAAUAAUAUAAUAUUUAUGAAUAUAAAUAUAAUAUAUUAUAAGAACAUAUUAUUAUUAUUAUUAUUAUUAUUAUUAAUAUUCAGCCCCCGUCCCUUUGUGUGAACGCGUUAUUAUUAUAAGCUAUACAACCAUUAUAAUAUAAUAUACAUUUCUAUAAUUAUUAAAACAUUAUUAAAUUACUAUUAUUAAAAUUACUAUAACUACCUAUUAUUAUUAUUAUUAUUAUUAUUAUUCUUAGGUAGGUACUAUAAAUAUUAAUUAUAACUAAACGACCAUAAACGUUAAGUUAUAUUCUGUCGACUGACUUCGCCCCUAAAAAUACAAUACUAUUAUGUGUACAAACCUUCGAUAUAUAAUAUAAUAAUAAUUAUUAUUGUGUAUUCCUUAUUGUUGCCUGAAUUCCUAUUCGUACUUACGUCUUUAACCAAUAUUAUGUAAAUACUUUUUGUUUUAAACCAUCGUUAAUAAAAUACAAUAGCUUAAUAACCACUUAACAUGUAUUUGUCUAUAACAAUAACUGAACAAAAAACGAUUUCUACAUAAUAAUAACUAGGUAUACAGUAAGCUCUGGUGUGUUGAUGUCCAACCUUCUUUGAUUACUAUAUACUGUCUAUACUUGAAGUAAGUAUCUACAGCAGCUGGCACACAACAGUACUUGCGAGGAACUGCUUUCCCUGAUAUUCUUAUGUUAACACUUGAACAAUUCAAUUUUUAAACCAAACUAAACACACUUAUGUACUGAUGUAUACAAAUGGAUAUUAGUUGGUAUCGACGAAUAUGAUUUAUUCGUAAUUUGUUUAAUGACGUUCAGUCUUUGAUAUCAGCACCACUCUUCUUAGCUUUGAUAAUACCCUUAAGUUCAUUUAGUCUUUCUUCUGUAUUAUCAUAGUUGUAUCUGCACAAACCCC